AUGUUCUAUCGGGAGGUCAUCCGGCAUGGCACAAGAGGACUUUGGAUCACCGAGGAUGCGCAUACCGAGCCGGAUAUCAUCGUAUACUACGCCCAUGGAGGUGGCUUCUCGAUGGGAUCAGCAUAUUUCUAUAUGGAGUUUCUCAUGGCCUGGGCGACGAGACUGAAAGAGAGCGGGUUCAAGAAUCCAGCUGUUUUCGCCCUGGAAUACACCCUCGUCCCAGAUGCUAAGUGGCCGACCCAGUUCAACGAGACCCGCGCAGGAUAUACGUUUCUUCGAGAGACGUUCGGAGACGAUUCGGCUGCGAAAAUUUGCGUCAGUGGGGAUUCAGCAGGGGCAACACUCAUUUUGAGCAUGCUACUCCAGCCCGGUCAUAUCGAACAAAAUCCUCAAUUCCACGCUCUGUAUCGGCCAGGCUUGGCGAUCUUGCUAAGCCCGUGGACACAUCUCGUGUCUGACCUGAACCAUAAUACGCGGAGCGACUACUUGGACAGGAACAGCCUCCAUCUGUACGCAAAGCAAUAUGCUGGUGAAGCGUCUAUGACAGAUGGUGUUAUUUCACCGGGCCUUUGUACGGGGCGGUGGAAACAGGCAUCGCCUAUGAGUGGUUAUCGCGUCUUGUACGGCUCGGAAGAAGUGUUUGCGCCUGGAAUCCAAGAAACGGUCAACAACAUGAAGAAGGCCGGCGCCGUGGUCAAGGUCCAUGAGCAUGAAGCAGGUAUUCAUGCCUGGCCUGUGGUGAACUUGUUCCUGGGUGAAACUCGAGAAGAACGGCUUCAAGGCCUUGAUAUAAUGACCGGUUAUGUGAUGUCCUCGAGUCUUGCUUCAGCUAUCAAAUAG